CGCGCUACGUACAUUUACACUUCCGGGUUUUUUGAAAUGUAUCAUUUCGCUUGUGAUGUAUCGAUGAAACUUGUUGCCCGGGCAGAGAAUAAAGAGGCGCCUGGCUGUAAUUAAAGCGACACUUUGUUUAAAUGCAAAAGAAACAGCGGCGGUGAAUACUGUCAUGCUGUGCGAAUGAGACUCUCACUGGACUCGCUCUGAUGGACUGAUGUUGCUCUGUUGUGCCUCAUGACCGGACGAACAGCAGCAUGACGCGCCUGAUGUUUCUAGCGGCCGCGGUGCUUCUUCUGUCCGCUCCUGCGAGCGCCUCUCAGGGGGACAAAGAGCCCGUCUAUCGCGACUGCGUCAAACAAUGCGUCCGGACCAACUGCACAGGGGCCCGACUGCGCGGAUUCCAGUCCUCUCAGCCUCCAUACAUGGCACUCACUGGCUGGACAUGUCGUGAUGACUGCAGAUAUCAGUGCAUGUGGACCACCGUGGGUCUGUACCAGGCGGAGGGCUACAGCAUACCACAGUUUCAUGGGAAGUGGCCGUUUGCUCGUUUCCUGUGUUUUGAGGAGCCUGCGUCUGCGCUGGCGUCUCUGCUCAACGGUCUGGCUUGCCUGCUGAUGCUGCUGAGAUACCGCAGCGCCGUCCCUCGACAGAGCCCCAUGUACCAUACCAUCACCGCCUUCUCACUGGUUUCCCUGAAUGCAUGGUUCUGGUCGACAGUGUUUCACACGAGAGACACCUAUCUAACAGAGAAGAUGGACUACUUCUGUGCAUCAGCAGUCAUUCUUUACUCGAUCUACUUGUGCUGUGUCAGGACAUUGGGCUUGCGUAGGCCUGCAAUCUCCAGUAUGAUGGGAGCUCUGCUCAUUCUGGCCUUCACGUCUCAUGUGUCUUAUCUGACCUUUGUCAGUUUUGACUAUGGGUACAACAUGACUGCCAAUGCCACCAUAGGCAUGAUAAACCUGUUGUGGUGGUUGUGCUGGUGUUGGCUGAACCGCAGGAUUUUGCCGUACUGGUGGAAGUGUGGGAUGGUGGUGCUCUUACUGCAUGGCCUUGCCUUGCUGGAGCUGCUGGAUUUCCCUCCUCUCUUCUGGGUCCUAGACGCUCAUGCCGUCUGGCACCUCAGCACCGUGCCCGUCCACUUCCUCUUUUACAGUUUUCUGAUAGAUGACAGCCUUCACCUCCUCAACACAGAGAAGCCUGGAGUGAAACUGGACUAGGAGGAAACCGUCUCAGAACCUCAACCCCUCCUCUGAUAUCCUUCCCAUGUGGGCAAGUGCGAGCCGGACUGAGCCAUGUCUCAACCGCAGUGGCUUCCGGCACAUGUCCUGGGGCUGAAGUUCAGAAUAUCAUUGUUUUCUUUGUUUUUACAGUUUAUUUUUACCAUAACUUUUUAUUUUUGCAUUGUACAGAAAGGGUUGUUGUUUGGGCUGAUUUUAAAGAUGUGCCACUGUACUGUAGUAGAAACCUGAUAGAUGUUUGCAUUCACUUGAGCUUUGCCUUCAAUUAAGAAGUGAAUCAGCCUUUAUCAUCACAGCACUCUUUUAAAAAGGUGCACUGAAUAAUAACCAUCUUUGCAGAUGAAUAUCUUCACAUAAGUUGUUCAUAUCUCCCAUUCAUAUCCGUCUACAUUUGUGGUGCUUGAUUUAGUGUCCCUGAAGUGAAUAUAUCUCAGAGAUAUAAGUAGAUUGAGCUUUAGUUUUAAACACCCGUUCACUAUAAGCGUGCUGAACGUCAAGAGGGGUUAUGAGAGAGCAGUGUGCUCGGUUUCUGAGACCUAUGGCGGUUACCUCACUAGGGUCAACACCAGUGGCUACCAGCAGAGGGAACGCUUCCAUACUGCGGGAAGUCACUUUUCGUUCGCUGUUCUGUGAAUUCCCAUCAUAGAUUUGUAAUGGAUUGAAUGCUUUGUUGUUGUAGCAGUACAUAAUCAAGUUACCCAUUUUUCCAUAGCCAUCACUCACUUUAAAAACUGUAUAUAGAAAUAGUCCACACACAAAUGAAAAUUAGAGUUGAAAAUUAAUAUAAGGAAAAGUUUAGUAGAAUGUUCAUAUAAUAAAAAUAAAAGGUGAUCAUUGACCGACAAGCUUUAAAAAUGACAAAAAGUACCAUUAUAUGUGCUCUAUAGGCCUAUUCACAUCAAGAACGAUAACUAUGAAGUUUGAAAAUGUUCUAAUUCUGUUAGAAUAAGGAAGUUUCCAUCAUUAUAACAAUGAUGACACAGGAAUGAUAUCAUUGGAAUCACUUUCAUUUGUUUUGAUGAAAACAUUGACGGCCAAUCAGAAUUCAUCUUGCUUUAAAGCGCUCAAGCAUUUUAUUGAAAAUCAAGUUUUUAAUGUUGUUUACAUGUCUAUCAGGUGUUUUUUAUAUGCCAAACCAUGUGCAAACUCAUCAGUCAACACCAUUGCAGAUCAUUUUUUCCUUAAAACUGCGGUGUACCAAAGAAAAAUGCAGUCAAAAACAUGUAACCAAUCCAGUCAUCUUGUGGCUUUUUAUAUUAUUAUAAAAGCUGUUUUUACCUAAAGAUGUAGAUUUUAGAAUGUAGCUGUCUAAGACGGUGAACAGGAGUGUGGUUUGUGUAACAUUAGCGACAUUUUAUUAACUGUUUGAUCAUGUAGUCGGAUCAUAGGCUAAUGAUAUAUACUGUUACAUGUCUGAUGUUUUAGAAUGAUAUGCAUAAAAUGCAUUACCAUUCUGAUACAGUGUCUUAUAAACGGCCCUGUAUAAUUCAUUCUUCCUCCUCUUCUGUGGAAUCAGUUUUUGGUUCAGACAUAUGGCCGAAUUAAUCCAAUAUCACUACUGGCCAUCGUUUAGCAUUUAGAACUUCAGUUAAUUGAGUAAAAGUAGAACAGGUAUUCAAAAAUCAUGUGAUUGAGUGGAGGUGGGGUCUAAUUUGCAUAUUCUCGGAUCCGCAUAUAUUAAAUGAGAUAAAGGUAGAGUUAUGUUCAAGACAUUUUAAGUUAUGAAGAGAAAAUAUUUCAUGUUAUCAUUAUAGUUAUAUUUCUUGGUGUGAACAGACCUUAUUUCAAGUCUCUGGACCAGAUUUACUAACAGCUUGUGUCAGCGCAAACCAUCUUUUUGGUGUUUACAUAGUACUGUCAGGAUUUACUUAAGACGCACAGUGACAAAUUAGCACUGAAAAGGCGUGGAUGCAGUUAUUUUUACACCUUAACUUAUUUAAUAUGCAUUUGGAUGAGUUUCCCUUUCAGACGCAAAAUUGAUGGGUGGAAAGUAUUCAAAUAAAUCAAGCAACACGAUUUACUAACAAUUGCGCUCGUCAAGUUACUGGUAUUUGUGCAAUUAUUUAACACUCCAAAAAGAUUGUCUUCAAUUAUUUUGUGCUUAAAAAUGGCUGCAAUUGUUGUUGCAAGGAGGAGCCCUCGCAGAGAAGGGAGAGGAGUUUUUUUCCACACAUUAAUUUAUUUGGAAUUCCAGAAGAAAAUGUUGUCAUACAUAUCGUUUGCAAAGCCAUGUUAUUUUUUAUUUUCUUCAGGAAAUUAAAGACAACUUGGAAUCCUCAACUAGGAGUCCCACAAUACCAGCUCUAUCAAAUCUUCUUGCAACCCUUAAUUUUUUGGCCUAUGCUUCUUUUCAACGUACCGUGGCUUCUUUAUUUCUUUAUUCGUUAUUUGUGACUUCACUAAUUUGCGCUGCACUUGGUAUAUUCCGUUGGUCGAUGUGUAAAUUAGAUGAUGUGUCUGUUUUCUGUCAUUUGCGCAUUGUUAGUUAAUCACCCACAGAAAUUUUCACACCCAUCUGCGCUGUUUUGAAAUUGCGCUAACACUUUAAUUUUCCCUGUUUAGUAAAACCAAAAAUUAAAACGUUAUUUAUCAAUAAUAUUCUACUCAAUCUCUUGUCACAUGACAUGGAAAGUAUGAUGAUAAAUGGUGCUUUUACUUUUGGUCACUCUGUGCUUCCAUUUCAUAGAAAAAUACAGCAUGAACAUUCUGCUAAACUUCUCCUUUUGCAUUCCAUGAAGGAAAAUCUUGAGUAAAUGAUAUUUGGGUCAACUAUUAAUUUAACGACUCUACUUGGAAUGUCUAGUAUCAGCACCACAGAGCUACUCAUUGCCUGAAUAUAAAUAUAAAAUACUGAAUUGAUUCUUAUGACAUAAAGAGUUAAAGAGUGGCAUGAUAUGUGAUAGCUAAGAACUUAAUUUUCCUUUUGACUAGGAUUUUAUAUAGCAUGUUUUUUUUUCUCUGUUGCUGCUUUAUCUUUGGUUUUAACUUCCUUGAACCUUUUGUAUAUCUGAUCACUUUGCGCUUUAUUUUGAUGUCAUUUCCGUUUGAUUAUUUUCACCAAGAAUGCCUUUGCAGUGAAAAUAUUACAGAGAAUUGAGUUUCCACAGAAGGUAAUGGAAAAGGGAUAAAAAAAAGGAUUUGUGUGUGUGUGCGCGUGUGUGUUUAGUUUGUGCAAUUUGAGCCGGUAGUGCAUCACAUUUACACACAUUUAUUACUAUAGCAACCUGACAGCUACCACAGCUUAUAUCUUUAUUAAUGUUACUAAGCCCUUUCUCUUCAGAACGCUUGUAUUUCUUUGCCUUACAUUUUUUAAUCUUUUUAUUGUUCAUACAAGGCUUCUCCAUGUGCGAGUAUUCACAAAUAUCUCACCAUCCACAAACUCUUAUUCACUUGUGCCAGAAUAUUUCUUGUUUAAUUUGAAAGCGAAUCCACACUUUUACAGAUUCUAGAGUUAUUGUGACUUGAGCCAAAAUUAUAUUUGAUUGCCUGAUAUGUCUUUGCUCCAUAUCAUCACUUGUGCACUUUAUGUGUGUGUGUGUGUGUGUGUGUGUGUGUGAGAACAAGAGUGCAAGCAUGAUCAGCCUGGAGGGUAAAUAUAGCCAUUUAGAAAGGCUAAAAGCGGUGUAGAGGGGGAGGGGGCAACAAGGGUAUCCAGAACGGUGAUGGCGUGGGCCGCUGAUCAGACUCAACAAUUCACUGCAUCUGUCUAUUGAGAGUCUUAAUGAGCAGAAAGUCAAUACUACAGUAUUUAUAUAGCUAUGAGGGAGUUUAACCACUAACUACAACUUUUUAAGCUUGUUAAUUUAAAACUGUGAUCAAACUGAAGAAGUGACCGAUAUUUCUAAUGUGGCGUACAUCUGAGUUCAGUGGAUUAUAGAAAAACGAAAAUAAAGUGGGACUUGGUUCUGUUUUUUGGUUGUUGAUUGGAAUUUGAGAUGUGGGUAUUGCAUUCAACAGUGGAGGCAGAUAAAUAUGAGCUUGGGGUUUAAUCGUACUAUUAUAAUAACAUUUUCUUCGAAGGUCCAUUUUAAAAAAAAAUGUAGACGUAUGCAUGGAUUAAUAUUCAUAACACAAUCUAUAACAUGCAUUUGAAAAACAGAUAGGAUGACUUUACAAAUUAUGCUUUAAAGGAAACUUAUAUACAGCUCUAUAACCAGCAUCUGUGGCAAGAUGUCCAUUACCACAGAAAAUGCAACAAAUUUCCAAGAGAAAUUUCGACAUGUAGUAUGGUUUGUAAAAACUAAAACAUGAUGGAAAUGUUGAUGAAAAAUCCCCAUAGAGUAGUUGGACUUUUACAAUUGACAUCUAUGGGGUCUCAUUGUGCCAAAUGCAUUUCAAAAUAUCUAACUCUCGACACAAAUUUUGUCUUUGUUUAUACAAAUUGAGGAAGGAGAUAAUUUUAUUUUUAUUUAUUUAUUUUUUUUGCUUUGGUGAUUGACAGAUGCUUCUUGAAUAUUCCAGAAAGUUAAUACAAUAUAACUUUUUCAUGGAUCACCUGUACUAACUUAUUGCUUUUCACCUUCCCUUUUUCUUUGUUUUUAAAGCAGAAUGCAUCAAAGCAUCAAAUUAAAACUGUAAAAUAACCUGCAUGCUGAAUGUAUACUUGACCGUUUUUUUCAUGUUUGAAAACAUGAAACUUAAAAGAAAGGGAAUGAGAUUUACUGUAUGCCUGGACUGGAAAAUGGUUGUUUUCUGAAGAGCAUUUCUUUAUUUCUUUUUUGACACUGUUGUCUGUAUGUAAUGUAACAGAAGGCCAAACACCAGAGGUGACUUCUGGGUAUUCUAAUUGUUAAUGUCCCACAGGAUUUCCCUCUUCUUCAGUGGCCAGUUUGACUGUGGCCAUCCACAGGCUCAACAAAGACUUGCCCUGUGUAUCUCUCUUACCAACAAUUUCUCUUCUCACUCUAUCUGUCCCUUUCUCUUGCUCUCUUUCUUUGUCUUGGUAUUGUAUUGCACCUUUCUCCACCAAUUGUACACAGGUCCAAAUGUGUAUAAAGAAACCUCAAAGAAAUGAAUAAACUGUUGUAUAUUAA